AUGAAGGGCCUCAAAAAGAAUUUAAAUCUGCUCAAUAGAAAGAGCUCCCAGGACUCGAGCUCGUCCAAGAAGGAACCCAAAGUCACUGCACCACCGCCUCCCCCACCCAACACUCAGAAACCACUUCCUCCAACUGCAAACGGGUCAUCUGGCCCUGCUACGCCAGAUCGCAGACAUGUACCUGACGCGAAUGGUACUCCGCCACCACCAAUAGUCGUUGUCAGUCCAGACGAGGCCUCAUAUCGUACCAACCAGCCUGCCACUCCAGAGCGAAUCAGCCAUGAUCUUGGUCCACCCCGCGCUGCCGUAUCGAACAUGUCUCGGCUUAGGGCAAAUGCAAAGGACACGAUUCCCAUCGUCGGAAAGCCUCCCCGCAAACAACGGAGCAGUAGGUUCGUCGUCACUGAGAAAGUCGACAUCGAGCGUCUUCCCGCAUUCAUGGAAACCCCACCCAGCGAACGCGCGCAGCUCUUUGUCAAGAAGCUUCAUCAAUGCCGCGUCCUUUUCGACUUCAACGAUGCCAGUUCGGAGCUCAAGGGCAAACAAGUCAAGGCUCAAGCCCUCCACGAAAUGCUCGAUUAUAUCACCACCCAACGUGGUGUUAUCACCGAGAGCUUAUACCCGGAGGUCGUCGGCAUGUUUGCCGCAAACCUCUUUCGCUCGAUACCCCCGCCCGUAAAUCCUACCGGCGACGCAUUUGAUCCAGAGGAAGACGAGCCAGUGCUUGAGCUCGCUUGGCCUCACCUUCAAAUUGUCUACGAAUUCUUCCUUCGCUUCGUGGAGAGCCCAGACUUCAACACCAACAUGUCCAAGCGCUACAUCGAUCAAACAUUCGUUCUCAACCUUCUCGAGCUAUUCGACUCGGAAGACCCACGCGAGCGCGACUUUUUGAAGACCACUCUCCAUCGGAUAUACGGCAAAUUCCUAAAUCUGCGUGCCUUUAUCCGUCGCUCCAUCAACAACGUUUUCUUCCACUUUGUGUACGAGACUGAGCGCCACAACGGGAUUGCAGAGUUACUCGAGAUCCUAGGGUCCAUCAUCAACGGCUUUGCCCUCCCUCUCAAGGAGGAGCAUAAGAUUUUCCUUGGCCGGGUGCUUCUUCCUUUGCACAAGGCCAAGAGCUUGUCGCUAUACCAUCCACAACUAGCGUAUUGCGUGGUUCAAUUCCUCGAAAAGGACCCUGCUUUGGCGGAGGAGGUGAUGCUUGGGCUCCUGAAAUUCUGGCCCAAAGUCAACUCGCCGAAAGAAGUCAUGUUUUUGAACGAGGUGGAGGAGGUAUUGGAUGUGACCGAUCCAGUCGAGUUCCAAAAGAUUCAAGUCCCACUCUUCCAGCAACUCGCGCGGUGCAUCAACAGCCAACACUUCCAAGUCGCUGAACGAGCUCUUUUGUAUUGGAACAACGAGUAUGUCGUCAAUCUUAUGAGCGACAACUUGGCUAUCGUCCUGCCCAUUGUUUUCCCCGCCUUGUACUCAAACUCUAAAUCUCAUUGGAACCGAACUAUCCACGGCAUGGUGUACAAUGCCUUGAAGCUCUUUAUGGAAAUCAAUCCAGACCUCUUCGACGAAUCGAUGCACCAAUAUAAGCAACGAAAACUCGAGGAGCAAGAACAUGCUGUGGACCGAUAUAACGCAUGGCAAAAGUUGAGGGAAAGGGCUCUCAAGGCAGCUGGAGGCUCCUUCCCCAACGGCUAUGUAGAGAUUCCACGAUCGCCGCCUCCACCGCCAUCAGCAGAUGACACAGACAUUCUCGACUUGUCUCUGGAGCUAAAUGCGGCAUCUAUCGACGAUGUGGUUGGUGACUUGGACGAGCAUGGACUUGAAAGAGUCCCGAUGGCAGAUCCUGGAGUCGAUCGCUCAUUACCAGAGCUCCACCACACAGAAGCUCCUCCUGCUUCUGGACCGGCAGCUCAUAUGAGACGAAAGUCUGUUUUACCAGUUGACCCCACCGUAAUGCGCGACCUUCAAGCCCACCAAAGUCUCGAUAAUGGAUUGUCCUAA